GAAAGGCAGUGAGCUCCUGGGCAUCGAUCGAACCGGCAUCGUUCACCGUCUGGUCAAUGGGGUAUGGGCUGCAUUGCCCCAAUCAGUACCGACUGGGCCCUUAAACGCCCGAUAUAUGUCGGACAAAGCCGUUACCGUCGGUGCCAGUCCGGAUGGCUGGCAUCAUAUGUGCACCCAGACUGGUGACAUUUUCCGCUUUAAUCCAAUCAGCAAUGGCUGGGAGUUAGCUUACGAUAUUUCCGACUGUGUGCAGAUCAACGCCAUGAGCAAAAACACAGCUGUGGCAAUUCAAUCGGAGAAUGGCGACAGCGGAAAUGUCCUACAGUUUAAUGGAACCCUAGCAUUCGACCGAUGGAGCACCAUAGACAUUGACAGCCACUACCACAACGUUCAAGUGUUCCGAUCAGCAAAUGGGUGAGCGUCGGGGAAGACGGUG